AUGGUGGAGAUGAGGGGGCCUUUUUGGUGCAUGAGACUUUGUUGCUGCUUUUGCUUCCAAAGAAAUCAUAGAGUUACAAACGGGGGAAGUACUUACAGGGAGUGUUUGGAAAGGCUGUUAAGCGUUUCAACAAAUUUCAACAAAGAAGCUUUAAAACAAGCAGUAGCCAUGAAGUUCCAAAAUUACCUGUCAAGACACAAGUUUAAUUUAGUUUGUAGGAUGCAGAGCUCAGUAUAUGAUGCAGAGCAAGAAGUUUGGCUUCCGAGAAACAUAAAAUGCUUGGAUGCAGAAAUAGCCCUGCCAAAUGUCAGUGAUUUGAAAGUUGAUCAUUUUGUAAAAAGUCUCGAUAUUGGUGAUGUCUGCCAAAUAUCACAAUAUCCUGGAGUAUCAUGCACAGUCACAGGAUUGUUUUUUUAUGAUUCUGGACUUGCAUUUGCGAUUGCCUCGUUUACACAAACACUUAAUUUGCUUUAAUGGCAACAAGUACUACUUUAUUUUUCAGUUUUCUGACGACGGGGCUCCCGAGAAAAGUGAACCGGCAAUGUCCACUGGCACAUUGACACGCUGGAACUUAGGAUCAAGGGUAAAGAGUAGGGAAUUCCAUUCCUUACUCAAUUUUCUGAGUGUCUCAGAGAAGGAGUCAGCAAUGGAAGACAUCAGGAAGCAGCACAACGACGAGAUGAGGGUGUUGGAGGGGAAUAUUUUGACUGUUCGUGGUCAGCAGUGUACACUUGAAUUUCAACCAAGCACAGAUCAGUCAUGGUAA